AUGAAUCGUGAUCAGAAACGACCAAUUGUCUAUGCAGUUCGAGAUUUCCCACCUGGCUGUGGAACUCACAUUAAUGAUCUCGAGAAGGCUUUCAAGAAUACAAGAACAAGUGAUGCUGUUGUCAAGAAUCCGAGUGAUGACCAAGUUGUUGCAAAUACAGAAUCUGAAGGAACUAGUCUCAAACCAGAACCACCGUUUAGAAACUCUGAUCAUGUUCUUGCAGCUUCUAAACACAAAGGAGCUUGUUCUAAACAAGAACCGGAGUUUCAAAACUCUGAUAAUGAUCAUGAUCAUGUUGUUGCAGCUCCUUCACAUAAAGAAAUUACUCUCAGACACUCCUAUCAACAUGAUCCUACUCCUCGUGAGAAAGUGCUUGAGGUGUUGCGUGCUUUUAAAGAUGUUUACAGAGAGCUGGAUCAAGAUAAGCAAGCGAGGCGAGGUGGAGUUUCGUUUGAUGCUACAGCUAGAAUCGACAUCAAAACGCAAGCUGAGUUAGAGAAAAUGGGGAAACUAGUUAACAUAGAGAAGAGAAUUGGAUCGGUUCCUGGAAUCAACGUUGGCGACGAGUUCCAGUACAAAACGGAACUUCGUGUUAUCGGGCUUCAUUUCAAGACCAUGUGCGGGAUCGAUUACAUGAAAGUCGGAGAUGUUAAGCUUGCCACAAGCAUCGUUGCCUCAGAAGGAUAUGGUUAUAACGAUAAGUAUGAUGCGGGUGUUAUGAUUUAUACAGGUGAAGGAGGAAACGUGAUAAGCAAGGGAAAGAAAACCGAAGAUCAGAGAAUGGAAAAGGGCAAUUUAGCUUUGGCUAACAGUAUGAGAAAUAAGAGUGAAGUGAGAGUGAUACGUGGCUACGAGAGAAUGGAUCGAAAAGGGAAGCGUUAUGUCUAUGAUGGAUUGUAUUUAGUUGAUAAAUAUUGGUUAGAGAAAGGAGUUAGUGGUAAGGGUAUGUACAAGUUUAAGCUCUGUAAAAUUCCUGGUCAACAUUUAUUGACUUGA